AUGUCUGUCUACGCUCUUGCUCGGUCGCCAACUCACGAGUUCUCCAAAACUCCCGUCCAGGAACUCACCCUCCUUACCGGGCUCGGAAUCGAAGGCGACUGCCACCUCGGCGUCACCGUCCAGCACCGCAGCCGGUUGCACAUCAACCCGCCGCCGCCCAACCUGCGGCAGGUGCACCUGAUCCCCAAGGAGAUCCUCGACGAGCGCUCCGUCAAGCCGGGCGAGAUCGGCGAGAACGUCACCACCGUCGGCAUCGACCUCCUGGCUCUCGGGCGCGGCACCAGGCUGCACUUCUUGCCGCCCUUGCCUGCUACUACUACCGCUCCGUCUCCUUCCCCUUCGGAGGAAGAAGGAAGCUCUGGCGGCAGGGACCACGCCGUCGUCGUGCUCCAGGGGGUGCGCAACCCGUGCCCGCAGAUCGACCGGUUCCGGGCGGGGCUCAAGGAGAUGUUCGUCGUGCGCGACGAGGAGCGGCGGAUCGUGCGGCGGCUGGCCGGCGUGAUGGGCACGGUGGAGCGCGGCGGCGUCAUCACGGUCGGGAUGCGCAUCGUCGUGGAGGAGCCCGACGGCGGCGUGUUCGAGGAGCUGGGGUGCGUGUGA